AUGGCCCUACCUGAUCCAAUCCUGCUCUUCGUCCUCAAAAGCCUGACUCACGAAGAGGUUGACGUCAAGCUCCCUCAGAGGCAGGAGCCAGCCGGACGGCAAGAUCAAUACUCUUCUUACUCUGCCCACGUCGAUCUUCCCCCGCGUGGAGAGCACCGCGAGCACCGCGAGCACCGCUUCAGCGAAGAAGAGGUCCGUUUCAGCGAAGAGCGUCACCGCCGUCCCGGUUUCCAGCAGGAGCAAUUCGUGAAGGAAGACUUCCGACCAGGACGUACUGAGUACACCGACACUCGUAUUGAGAUCGACACUCACCAACAGCCUUACUCUUCCCCCAUUGACGUUGCUGAGCGUGAAUAUCGUGAACGCUUCCGCCCCGUCUAUCACACCACCGUAGACGCUCCUACUCGCCCUCAGUACCACCAGACCGAGGACGUCCGUGUCAAUCAGUACACCGUUGAAGAACGACCUGUUCAGACUUCUGUUCACCAGCAAGUCAAGUUCUCUGACGAGACCGUUGAGCCUGCUCGCUUCAGCCAAGCACAACAAAAGUCCAACAUGGGUUACUACGACGAGGACGGUAUGUUGGCUGUCUGCCACCCUGUCCACAAUUGUGGCAUCUCCAAAGUACAAGUCGCUAAUGAAGCUUCAGGUCACUACCACUCCUUCCGCCAGGGCAUCCACAAGCUUGCCGACAAGAUUGCGCACCCUCACCACCACCACCAUGACCACGUCGACGUCGACGUGGACAUCAAGGAGGACAUUCGGGUGACCGGGACCCGCCCUCGCCCGGUCCAGUCUGGUGGCUCCUAUGUGCCCAACACCGUCACCAUUCCCUGCCACCACAUCCGCCUCGGCGACUUCUUGAUGCUCCAGGGCCGCCCUUGCCAGGUCAUCCGCAUUUCGACCUCAAAUGCCACUGGCCAGUACCGAUACCUCGGUGUCGACCUGUUCACCAAGCAGUUGCACGAGGAGUCCUCCUUCGUCUCCAACCCCGCUCCAAGCGUCAUUGUUCAGACCAUGCUCGGUCCCGUCUUCAAGCAGUACCGUGUCCUGGACAUGCAGGGUGGCCACAUUGUUGCCAUGACUGAGACUGGCGAUGUCAAGCAGAGCCUGCCUGUCAUUGAUCAGUCCAACCUGUGGGCUCGCCUGUCGACUGCUUUCGAGUCGGGCCGUGGCAGUGUCCGUGUCCUUGUCCUCAACGACAGCGGCCGUGAGCUCGCCGUCGACAUGAAGGUCAUUCACGGCUCUCGCCUGUAA